AUGGACGGGGUUCUGUGUACUGGGUGCAUUUCCGGCGCGCUAUUGGCGUGUUUAAAUGCGCAAGUCCCGACGUGCGAAGGUCGCUGCGUGCGAAUCUUCCGAAUCCACCAUGUCAAUGCGCGAAUCGGCCUUUUGCCUUCGUUUGUUACGGGGCAAGCGGGACAGGACUUGCCGGACUGGAUCAAAGUCAAUGAGCGUGCAAGGUGGUGGUCCAACUCGCAGAAGCAGUUCUGCGAUGUCACAAUCACUGUUGUGGACAUGUCGGCCAGACAAGUCACGGCAACUCAGCCGCGAGAUGCCAGCUGUUGGAAGAUGGUCUCAUUCGAGCAUUUCCUCCAAAAGCAGGAGGACUGGCUGCUCCAGCCCUUCCAGCAAAAGGCCAAGGAGCUGAUUCAGCAGCUGCCCGACUGGGUGAAGCCUGGCAACCAGGGCUACUGGUGGUCGUCAAGCCAACACAGAGUCUUGCCGGUUCAGAUCAAAGACGUCUGCUCCAGAACACGGCAGGUAAAAGUGGUUUUCAAUUGCAACAAAACGGUGAAAAAGCUCGUGCAAUUCCAUGAGCUGAUUGAUUCUCCAAAAGAAUGCCUCCUCCAGAAGGAGAGGGCAGGACACACCUGGAGGAAGCCCCGACGAAAGUCGAGAGACUCGAAAGGUUCCAAAGAGUCGGCUGAGGCCGGAAGCCAAACUGAGGUUCCUGAAGAUCUCAGUGCCACUAAAGGCUUGGGUGACAUCAUGGCGGAGAUGACACAGGACAUCGGGGACAUGAUGGCCGAAGGAGAAGGAGCAGCCGAGGAUGGCGGCCUCCGGAAGGCUUUGACUUUCAUGGGCAGCUCUGAGUUCUUACAGGUUGACAUCAGCUCCAAAGAUGAUUCAGCUGAUCGGGUGCCUGCAUUCGGUUACGGUGAUGACGAGCUUGCAGCAACAACGGGAUCUGCAGAGGAUUCUGGCGCGAGAAGUGAAGCCAACGCAAAGGAAGAGACCGGCGAGCUGGUGCAGGCUGGCACCGAAGUCGGCGAUGCGAUUACCCAGGAGGAGACGGAGCAGCCGACGCAGGCAGAGCUUCAAGGGGCGGAGGGAAACGCUGCCAAAGGCAAGUCUGCAAUGUUGAUGGGAUUCUCUCAAUCCGAAGAAAACAUGAUGGAGAUCCUGGAGGCUACGGUCGAAGACUCCAAAGGUGUCACUCAGGAACUCCCUGCUCAAGAAGCCGGGGCUUCAGCUUUGUACGACACCUUGGACAAGGAGCUCCUUGCCGAAUUGGCACCACCCUCUUCCGACGAACCUUCUGCAGCAGAAGGUGCUGACGCUGAGGCUGCCCGCAGAGCUGCGGCUGUCGCUGAAUCCAGCUUGACGCUGGAUGCAGAGGCCUUGCUGCGGAGUCAGGGACUGGCGACGGACGACCAGGUUCCAAGCCCUCCCGCGACAGGUCCCGAUGCCGAUCCCAGCCCAUCUGCUCAAGGUUCCGGAGAUCCCCAGCAGGCUCCAGUGGAGGUAGCAUUUGCUGCUGAAGCGCCGGCACCUGCACCCAGUUCUGACGAGGCCUGUGCAAAUCCGGAGCCGACGGCGACGCAGCAGGAGCCGACUUCGCCGAGUGCAGUCUUCCCGGCGCCCGUCGCUGAAGCUGCAGGUGUUGCUUCCGAUGCUGCAGUUGCUGAUGCAACGCAUGGGCCCAGUGCAGGAGGGUCCGCGGAGCCUCUUCCCACAACGAGCAUCCACUCUUCGGAGCCCUCAGGUCUGCAAAAUGUGGUGGACAUGACGUCGGACCAGGCUACAGUGGCUACAGGCGAUCCAAUUGGAGCCACGGGGGUAGAAGCCGUGACGGGUGAAGCGCCGGCACCGCCACCACGUGCAGAUCCUGUCCAGGGCGAGGCAGUCGUAGAUCCGCCCGGUGCAGAAGGGGGCUUGUGGCGGCAGAUGCUGUCGCGGCAGAUGCUGUCGCGGCAGAUGCUGCGGCAGAUGGGCAACUUCCAGCCCCAGGACAACUUCCAGACUCGCCGGUCCGGCAGCCUGAAGCGUCGGAUGUUCAUCUCACGACAGGCGCUCUUCUGCGUGACUGGCAGCCGUUUGGAAGGAUGCAAAGUGCUUGGCAUCCUCAACAGUUUGGACAUGCCGACAGAACUUCUUAGCCCAGAAGAGAAGCGCAAGGCAUAUUUGGAGGAACUUGAGCGGGAACAGGCAAAGGCUCGAGAAGCUGCAGAUGCUGCUGCUGCCGCCAAAUCAGUUGCGCAAGCAGCUGGCCCUGCAAAGCCUGAGCCGGAAGAAGAGGAUCUUGGCGCGUCGGUAACUCUGCAGCGCAAUGCAUCUCAGACUACUCCGUUGCUCCGAGAAGCCUUGCGAUUAGUUGCACCGGACAGUUGGGAUUCCGACCAAGAAGAGAAGACUGGCCGGAAACGUCCGGAUGUGUCUCGCUUGGCUUCUUGCUGGGAGAUCCUGGAGAAGGACUUCGAGACUGUUUUGGAGGCCGAGCAUCAGAGGAUUGACGAGGACCUCGACCGUGAGACGCAAGUUACGUUGGCAAAGAUAGAGGCCCAGGAAAAAGAUCUGAAGGAAAGAGUUCAACUCCGAGCAAAGGUGGCAGAGACGAAGGACCCCGCGAAGGUGCAGCAGUUGCGCACCGUUGCAGAGUCGGUCACACUGGCUGCAGACACAGCUCGGAACAAGAGGCAGGCCGCGAAGGCUGCCCGACGCACUAUUGCUCGGCAGAAGGUGGCGGCACGGAAACAAGCCCUGCAAAAGGCAUUGGGGCCGGAUCACACAGAAGCCGCCAGCCGCGAGUUGCUACGCAUGCAGCUUCCCAGCCAAGAGGCUUUUUCGAGCAUGUCGCCGCAAGAAGCUUUGGCGGAGGUUUCCGCUACUGCAGCCACCUGCUUUCGGUCCCUGCAAGUCGUGGCCUUGCGACCGCUGGACGAGACUGUCAGGUUUGAUCCGGAAAAUCCGGCCAGCGCCCAGCCUUCUGCAAAGGACCUGGCGUUUGCAACUUCUGCAGCUCUGCCUGAGCUGAAAUCUUGCCUGGAAUCUUUGCGAAAACGUCUUCAAGAAGAGAAAGACAGCCCGCCGCAAGUCGAUCCAACCCUUCGAUCGAUCGCGACGGACGAAGACAAGAUGAGCAAAGAUGACAAGCGCGACUUCAUCAUGUUUGAAGGCCAGCAAGAGUACGACUGGGAAAGGAGCAUCAACAUCAAGAUGAAGGAGCAGAUGCGACGGCGCGAUGUUCACAUGAAGGAGAGCUUGGAAAGGGUGAGUCAGGCCCUCCACAGACGAUGGCGCAGACAACGUGACAGGGACAAGGCUCAUGCCAUGGAGCGGAUGGCUGCUCUUCGCAAGGUCAUGGACGACACAGAGGAGGAGCUCGACAAGAUGCGGAAAGAACAAGCAGAAGCCACGGAGAAAGAGGUGGAAGCUUUAGAAAGUGAAAGACGGCGUCUCCAAGAACAGACGCGAGUUUUGAUGUCUGCCGCGCUCGUGGUCCGUCAAGAAAAAGCGCGCAUAAACAAGGCGUGGUAUGCUGAGCCACGGGAGAAGAAGGCUUUGACUUUCCAGUCCUUGAAGAUCAUUCGCAGACUUCAUGCUGACAUGAUUAACUUCCCAGUCACGGCGGAGUUUAAGCAGAAGCACUCUGUGCUGCUGUACUCGCUCCGCAUGCUCGAAGGUCGCCUAAGAAAGGAUUGCCCCUAUGCGAAGGAUACGGACAUCCAGGAGGGGCCGUUGGAAGAAACGCCCGAUCUUAAAAAGCAGAUGGAGGAGGCAGAGAAUGCCUUCGAAGAUCAACUCAGCGCCGACAUCGAUGAAAUCCGCGAUGCGAAUCGCGAAAAGGUGCAACGGGCCAUGGCGCGUGAAGCCGCACUGCGGCGCCGUGCUGCAGAGGUCGAACUCGCACCUGCUCUGGAUCAAGCCGCCACAGCACUGUCGCGCUCAGAGCGGGCCGCACGUCGGGCCGAGAUCGCCGAGGACCUCCUGCGACCUCUGGGAAUGCUGGCAUCGCAGCUCGGCGGUGAGGCCUUCCGGCAUGCUCAGCUCGAGAGCGGGAUGCACGAGCCCGCUAGCUUCAACCCAAAGAGGAAGCGGUUGGAGGCCUCGCUCGUCUCCACCUUGAAAGUCCUGGAGGAAGUCCUUCCACACCUCAAUGCAGAGGAGGUGCAAAAGGUUGCGGCGGCACCUUCCUCACUGGGCAAAGAACCAGAGUGGGAGGAAGCUUUGGAAGAAGCGAGAUCCAGGUGGUCGGCAUUUUGUGAACGGCACCCUGAUAGUGUGCCCGAUGAGCAAGACACGCCACGCGGAGAGAAGACGGUUUCGUCGCAUGCUUCGGUUGUGGGCAGAUUAGACAUGGAUGACCUCGAGGAUGACGAUUACGGUGGGACAGCUGGGAAUGCGCCCGCCAAGAAACUUCCGCCACCUCCUCCAAGAAAGAUAUCAGCAGCGCCGGCUCGUCCGCCCAGUGCCGGCAGCGGGCGGCCACCGUCAAGCCCUGUGCCACCUGUGCCAGGUGCCAAAGCGAAGGCUGCUGCCCAACCGAGUGGUACAGGGGCCCAGGGUGCCAAGAAGGGCGCAGCCUUGCUGGAAAAGUUGGACGAGCUGUCUGCAACUAUGGACCGUACUCUCGGCAAAAGCUCUGCCUUGAAGACCCCUGCUUCUGUCGGCGGCAGAAGCCUGAAGCCUCCAGGCAUUGGGAAAGGAGGAAAGAAGUGA